CUCGGCUUAUCAAACGCUGCCAGAGAAUGUCUCCUUCUAUGCUGCUCGUGAUCUCAGUUUUGGUGUGUCUGCAUGUGCUGGCGUUCGGCCAAGAAGGAUCCAUUGAGAAGUUCCUGGAGCGCUCUCAACAAGCGGAGCAAGCUGUGAGUCUGGCACUCGAGAAAAAAUUGCCACCGAGUUCAGAGGCUCGCCGGGAGGGGGCAGAGAUAUUAGCUACAUUGAAUCAAGGCCUAAAAACGUGUGACCAGCAACUGCGAAGCAACGGGUUAGUUGGCUUAGAUGCUUAUAAUACAUGCGUUAGCUCCCUUCAGGGACUGGCUAUGGCCUCAAUAGGCGAAUUGGCUGGACAGCAUUGGGCCAAAUCUGGAGCAUCACGCCCCACACUGUUCUGGUAGGAAUGCAGAUUACAAUAAUAUAACUAGUAAUUGAAGCAGCUACAUAAAUAAAUGCUCAAUCGAGGUGAUGGUCAUAA